AUGGACCCAAACUGUGGUAUAUUGGCAAUUAUAAUAAGCCUUCUCCUUUUGCUAUCGUCUACAGCAUCUGGUGAAUGGUGCAGAGGAAAGUGUGGCUCUAGUCUUUCUGACUGCUCCUGUCAGGCCUCAUGUGAGUCUUUGAGCAGCUGUUGUGCAGAUUACAACCAGUUCUGUUUCCAGGUGAGCCCCUACUCCAGCUCAAUGCUCGGAGGAAACCCCCUCAUAAUCAUCAAUCUUGUUCUUCCACCACAUGAACAACUAACAUGCAGAUUCAAAAGAGAAAUCAUUCGGAGUGGGACUGUUGACGCCGAAGUCCACCCAAGCAAAACCAACCCCAAUUCUGAAGUUGUUCUUGUGAAUGGAACAAAAUGGCACAACUAUGGAUCUCAGAACAUCAGCGGACAGCUUGAAAUGACCUGGAACCAGUCACUUGUUGGAGCAGAUGCAGUGAACAUAGAAUUGUGGGGGUUUGAGGAGGUCUACAUUGGGAAUGAAGACACAAAUGAGACAUUUCCUUAUGAAGCUAGCAUCCGCUACCUCUACUCCAUCGGCACCAACAUUCCCAACACCGGUUUGUUCAGCUUCGUCCCAAAGUCUUCACGAGAAUACUCACACAUAGAGUUGGGCAACAUUCGAAUAACUGCAAUGUCUGUCCCAAAGGGAGCAAGGGAUGUGGCUGCUUUGUGGAGCAGAGGUCACGUUAUAGCCUGGCACCUGGAGGAAUCCUUCAGACAAGACUCGGCAGCAUGGGCCCAGAGUAGAUGUCUAAAGUGGGACGUUCUGGAGAGGACCCUGCCCAACUUCCUGAAUGAACUCAUGGAUUGUCCAUGCACUCUAGCCCAGGCCCGAGCUGACACUGGAAGGUUUCAUACCGACUAUAGCUGUAACAUAGAGACGGGCAGUGUGUGCACUUAUCAUCCUGGUUGUGUUCACUGUGUCAGAUCAGUCCAAGCCAGUCCUACAUACGGUGCUGGCCAACAGUGCUGCUAUGACCGUUCUGGUAAUAUUGUACUGACCGGUGACUCGACUGGUGGUAGUACCCCUGAUCGGGCUCAUGACUGGGGUUCUCCGCCUUAUGGAAGGCCUCCACGGGUUCCGGGCUACUCCCACUGGCUCUACGACGUCAUGAGCUUCUUCUAUUGCUGUCUUUGGUCAAAUAAUUGCCCUAUUUAUCUGAAGAAUCGUCCCUCAAGUGGAUGUCAAAGCUACCUACCGCCACAUGCAGCUGUUGUCCUCGGAGACCCACAUUUUAUAACUUUUGAUGGAUUCCACUACACUUUCAAUGGUGAAGGAGAGUACAGCCUGGUCUCAUCUCCAGAUAAAGAGCUGCACAUUCAGGCCAGAACUGAAAAGGUGAAACUCAAAAAUGGUUCUUCAGCCAGUGCCACACAGCUCUGCUCUGUAGCCAUGAAGGAGGGGAACUCUGAUAUUGUUGAAGUUCGACACAUGCAGAACUGUCUCCAAGUGUUGAGGAACCGAAAGAUUCUGCCGCUCAAUGAACAAACAUGGAUGGACCUGCAUGGCUUCUUUGUCUUUACGCCCAGUCCUCAACACAUUAGAGUCAUGUUCUCAUCUGGCGCUGGCUUAGAAGUUCAUUUGGAUGAAGGGAUGAUGUCUGCCACUGUUCUGUUGCCCUCGGAGUUCACAAAUCACACCACAGGCCUCUUUGGUGUGAUGAACUCUGAUCCCUCUGAUGACCUGGUGUCUGAAAAGGCCAUCCUCUCAGCCCACACCCCAGAGACUAUCUUCAAGUACGGAGAAGAUUGGAAAAUUGCACCAGAAUCAUCGCUGUUCACUUAUGAUUCCACGUACCUUUGGGAGACUUACCUCUCUCCGGCAGCUGGAAGGCCUGUCUUUGUGCCAGUCUUUUCCCCUGAGCCUGAGGACCCCGAGGACCCUCUCGUGAUCAGCAUGUCCACAUUGUGCACUGGAGAUGGAGCAGACUUCUGUAAAUAUGAUACACUGCUCACGCACAGCCUGGUGGUGGGGAACUCAACACGCACAGCCUUCGAGAGCCACGUGGCCAGAGUUAAAGACCUGAAACCAGGCCCGGGAGAGAUGCUGAUGAUGGCUUCAUGUGGAUGGCUCCCAGCACCUAAACAUGGCAAUAAGAAUGGCAGUGGGUACCUCAGCGGGGACACGCUCAGUUUCUCCUGUCAUCGGGACUUUGUGCUGUAUGGAUCUGCAGAGCGCACAUGUCUGAAAGACGGGACCUGGACGGGGAGCCAGCCUCACUGUGUAACUGACAGCCCGGUGAGCUUCAUACUUGGUUCUAUUGGAGCAGUCUCUGCAUUCGUCACCAUGGCGAUAAUGAUCCAUCGACAUCUCAGGAAACAAGAAAGAGAAAGAAAAAGGGGUCUGGAACGGAUAGAGACUCAAGGACAUCCCUGA